UAACUAUUCAAGAGAUUUGGCGUCAAUCACGUCUUAUUUUCAUGCCUUAUCGACAAAUGGGACCACCCGAAGGGAUGAAUGAGAAAGAAUAUGUUAGAUUCUUAGUGGAAGAUAAAUGUUAUUUUUGCGGAAGAAGAAAUAAGAAUAGUAGGAUUUAUUGGGAACGAGGACGCAAUAUCACUGAGCAAAUUGAAAAAGAAAUGGAUUCACGUUUCUUUGAGGAUAUGGCCGCCAAAAAAGUACAAAAAACAGAACGAAAACACGCCAUUGACGCGAGAAUUAAUGAAUUAUGUCUGGAAAUGAAUGAAAAUGGAACUCACAAGUAUUUGCGAAAAUAUCUUGAUCAAUGCCAUUCCUUGAAAAAUUCGUAUAAAUAUAUUAGACCAUUCACUGAAAAAGCAUGGCGGGUGUUGAAACGAAAGUAA